CUCUUGCCAACCAUAUCACUCGCAUUUUACCAGACUACUAUAUUCACACCGACAUCAACUACGACUACACCACGCCUUUACCGAAAUUCAGACCCCUAUUCAAGCAUCAUUUCAUUAUAUCAGCUCUCAGAGACAUGACAGACUUACAUACCCGCCAGUUCUCCCACAUCGAAGGCACUUCCACCAAUCUCCUCGACCGCCUCGCCGUCUCUGAGCUCUGCAAAGGCUGGCCUGUCUACCGCGACGCAAGCGAAUGGGAAAACUACCGCUCUCUCUUCACCAAGGAUGCCUACGUCUGGACCACUUGGAGCGGCCCGCAGCCCAUCGACGACUUCAUCUGUAUAUCCAUUGCCGCCAAGUCAUCAGGGGCCUUCAUUAUGCACCGCGAAUGCGGCACGCUCGUCGAGCUGAACCCAGAUACGGGGUGCGCCGUGGGGAAGAUGAAGGCCACCAUUACCCAGCGCUUCAAGCACCCCGACGGCUACGAGUACGAUGUCGACUGCGACUGUCGGUUCCUCUUCUUCUACGAAAAGGCGGAGGAAGAACGAGGUGAUGGACAAAGGGAUUGGAAAGCUGCGUACGUCAAACUUGUCUACGAAAAAGACAAGAUUGUUGCCGUGGACGGGAUCAGGGCACCAGUCUUUGCGGACGAGGCGUUGGCCAAGUAUCCUACUGGAUACAAAUACCUCGGAGUUGCGCAGAGCACUUUGGGGUACGAGAUUGACAUCAAGCUUGCCAUGGGAGGGGAUUUGAGGGCUUGCAGCAAAAUGUACCAGAGUAUGGAGAGGUGGUUGGAGGGGGAAGAUGGUCCUGUUGGUCUUUUUGAGAUUUGAAGAACUCUCGACUUCAAGGUCCAAGGAGAAUACCAGUAUCGCUCAGACUUGGCUUGAGGCCUGCUACCGUGUCUUGAGCCGGUACCUUGACCUCUAGAGUUCAACCUCAAAGAGACCAUCAUGAACAGAUCCCAAGUAUGGACGAAAUAGCGUGUAAGAAAUAGCCGUUAUAGAGAACAUUCACAUGCUAUUACACAUCAUUCAAC